GGGCUCUUCACGAAUCUCAAUGGUGUACUGCGGGAAGCCAAGUCGGGGGUGCGAGAACUGCAGGAAACUGCAUAAAAAGUGCGACGAGAAACAGCCCGCAUGCUCACGCUGCGUGAGAACUAAAAAGAUAUGUCCUGGGUACCGAGACCAAUCGGUUCUCUUGUUCCGUGACGAGACGGCCCGGACGCAGGUCAAGAUCCGCCGAGGACACCUACGCAGCCAUCCUCCGGGCUGUACAUUAGCAGUAAAUGCACAGCAAUCUCCACUACUUGCGGGGGUCUCGAAAUGGUCGCACGGUACUAGUGUGUCUCCGUUCGAACGGCUUUCGCCGUCUUUGGAAGAAGUAGUCUUGUGUCGCUUUUAUCACACCACACUUGACAAUCUAUCGCACGCGGAUCCUGUACGCUUCCUCCAUUCGCAAUUACCAGACCUUUACGCUCGGAGCGGGCCUAACUCUGCCUUGCGCUUGGCUACGGAGGCAAUUUCAUACGCUGCCUCUAGGAAGUUGGUAGACGAGGCGGCGCUGGUGUCCAGGAUACGAUAUGUCCAGGCCAUCAGAGCCGUUGGAAAAGCCAUCCAAGAUCCGGAGGAAUUGGAACACGACCAAACGCUAUAUGCCACUCUUCUCCUCAGCGGGUAUGAGACCAUGCUUGGGGAUCCAAAUACACCAUCCGCAUGGGGGGCCCAUGUCGACGGAGCUGCCGCUUUAGUGAAGUUUCGCAAUGCGAAGGGAGUGCACACGUCCCUGUCACGCAGUAUGUUCAGGUUCAUCCGGAGGAAUGUGGUUUUGGGCCAGAUGCAGAUGUGUCGGCCGGUUGACGAAGUUUUUUCCGACACAGAUGUGCCGCUGUCUCCAACCCAAAGCCCGGAAGAUUAUCUUGUGUGGAAAGCGGCCCAAAUCUCUCACAUCCAGUACCGGAGCAACUUCUUGUUCACACAACGGCGGGACCCCGAAAAACCCGAUGUUGAGGAUUUGUUUCGCAGUGCCAGUGUUCUGGAUCGAGAAUUAUCGGAGUGGUCGUGCACUCUCCCCGCAACCUGGUCCUACUUGGCGGCCAUGAACAUCGACAGCGUGGGAGGAUCGCGAUUUGUUCCACUUCAAGUGCACAGAUACACAGACCUCUACACUGCUCGCGUCUGGAACUUCUAUCGAGUAUCACGGCUGAUUGUGCAGUCAGUCAUCAUCCGUACAGCCUCUUGGUUGUCUGCCGCAAUGGAACCGGGUCCGUUCAUGGACGUGGGGAGAACCGAGAGCAGCAGUCGUGAGUUGGUCAACGACAUAUGCGCGACCAUCCCGUUUCUCCUGGGGCACGAUUUGUCCAAGAUGAAACUUCCUACCUCGGAAAGAGGCCGUCGCCAGGGGACAAGAGCAGAUCAGCCCACGACAAAGAGAAACAGCCUCACAAGCACCGGGGGGUUUUCACUUAUAUGGACCCUCUUUGUUGCCUGCAGCUGUUCGCCAGUGCCAGAGUCUCAACGGGAAUGGAUGCUUGCGCAACUACGGUGUCUAUCGGAGCUAUGGGAGACGCAAGCACGGUUUGCGUGUUCCGAGAAGAGCGAACUCCUUUUAGGCGGUGCCGAUAGCGUUCGGUUCGACUGUGUUUGAAGCAUGCCGCCAAAAUGCGCGCUAGCCAAAUAUGGUAUGCUUUGAGCUGGCCAAUCAGAGUUGGGUAAUUAUGCAGGGGGCAAGCACUUGGCGCAAGCCUAGGCCCCACCGCCGCAAUGACAUUCAAUGUUGCAUCGCUCGUAUAUAACCUACCCUCUCCUUCUUUGAGAAAACCGCGACGAGUAU